CAUUAGAAUUUAGCAUUGAUCUUGACUGAAUUACUCUCAAAGCCUCCAAAUCACCAUGUCUAAGCAUGAAUCGAAAAAAGAUUUACCAUUGAACUCAAAUCCCACCAUUGAUUCAACGGAGAGCCAACCCUUUAUCCUAAACAAUGAUGGUAGUGUCACAAGGCAUAUGCAAAUACCAAACAUUGAACCCACACAAGACCCAAACAACAUUGUUAUCUCCAAAGAUGUCCCUCUUAGUCCUAUUAAUAAAACAUGGUUACGUUUAUUUCUACCUAGCAUAGCACUUCAUAAUUCCAAAAAACUCCCUCUAAUUAUAUAUUAUCAUGGAGGUGGUUUUAUUUUCUUUAGCGCUUCAUCCACAAUUAAUCACGAUUUUUGUUUUAAAUUAGCCGAAAAAAUUAACGUCGUGGUUGCCUCCGUGGACUACCGUCUAGCGCCCGAGUCACGUCUCCCGGCCGCCUAUGAUGACGCAGUGGAGGCAUUACAUUGGUUAAAAACUACAAAUGAAAAAUGGAUACGUGAAUCUUGUGAUGUUUCAAAUUGCUACCUUAUGGGAUCCAGUGCGGGAGGGAACAUUGCUUAUCAUGCGGGUUUACAUGUGGCCGCAGCCAUUGAUGGGUUUGACUUUGACCAAUUGAAGAUCAAAGGGUUGAUAUUGCACCAUCCAUUUUUUGGUGGGUCCCAUAGGACGGAGUCUGAGAUAAGAUUGGAAAAUGAUCGAGCUUUGCCUCUUAGGGGUUCUGAUCUAAUGUGGGAGUAUGCAUUGCCUAAGGGUGUGGAUAGGGAUCAUAAGUAUUGUAAUCCGACGGCUGUGGAUGAAGGAGAUUGUUUUUGCUUUGAUGAAAUUAAACGGCUGGGAUGGAAGAUUCUUGUCACGUGUUGUAAUGGGGACCCUUUGAUUGAUCGUCAAGUUGGGUUUGUGGAGAUGUUGAGAAGCAAAGGGGUUAAAGUUGUGGGAUACCUUGGAGAAGGUUUUCAUGGGAUGGAACUAUUGGAUCCAACCAAAGAUGAACCACUAUUUGAACAAGUAAAAGAUUUGAUAAAUCAAUGUUGA